UCAUUCCUUGCACGAGUUGAGUUCUUUCUUCACUUCAUUUCCUUCCUACCAAUUGCAAGAAUAAAACAAUUUUUCAAUGAAAAGAAACCCAAAAUCCCUAUGUCAAUUUUUUUUCAAAUCUUUCUCCUUUCUCUACUUGUCCUAAUCCAAUCCAACUCCAACUUCCCCGAGUUAAAACAACAGAAAAUAUUGUGCAAGACAGAUCGUAUUUCGACUCUGGAAUUACUUGAAUACCAUUUUCUUCUCUUUCUCCUCUCUACCUCUGAUUCCUUUCUCUGAGUUGCAUUCUUCGAAUCUCACUCCAUUUCCUCUCUUCCUCCUUCUUUUGCUUCAUUGCAACGCCACCACCCCCCAUCUCUCUCAAUUUCUCAUUUCUCUGAAACCACUUCCCUUCCGAGGAUUUGAGUAUCAGGUGAUCAUUAUUGUAGUUGAGAAUUUCGUAGGAAUGAGAUGCAGAUCAAGUGUUUGAUGAAUUAGAAGCGAAGAUAUUGAGAAAUCUGAAUGAUGUUAUGAUAAUUCAUGUUGAUAGGUUCAAUGAUGCUUUGGAGAAGAAGUGAACAGAUUGUAAUGGAUUAAGCCUAUUGGAUUGACAAUUGGGAAGAAAAAAGGAGGAGAUGAAAGGGGAGUCAUCUGGGCUGAUAAUUGGUAUUUCUAUAGGAGUUGUGAUUGGUGUUCUUUUGGCAAUUUUGGCUCUCUUGUGCUUUAGGUACCAACGCCGACGUUCCCAGAUAGGAAACAGCAGUUCCCGGAGGGCAACGACAAUUCCUAUCCGGAUCAAUGGUGCUGAUUCUUGCACUAUUCUAUCAGACUCAACUUUAGCUCCAGAAUCUCCUGUUAAAUCUGGCCACAAUGGCAUGUCCCAUUGGCUUGAUGGAUUCAGGAAAAGUAAUGUGGUUGCAGCUUCUGGGAUACUCGAGUAUUCUUACAGGGAUCUGCAAAAAGCCACAUCCAAUUUCACAACUGUAAUAGGACAAGGAGCGUUCGGACCCGUUUAUAGAGCUCAAAUGGCGAGUGGUGAAACUGUUGCAGUUAAGGUGCUUGCAACUGAUUCCAAACAAGGGGAGAAAGAGUUCCAAACAGAGGUUAUGCUACUGGGAAGGUUGCAUCAUAGGAAUCUCGUAAAUUUGGUUGGUUACUGUGCUGAAAAGUCCCAACAUAUACUUGUAUAUGUAUAUAUGAGCAAAGGAAGCUUGGCUUCUCACUUAUAUGGUGAGAAGAAUGAAUCAUUGAGCUGGGAUCUGAGGGUUCGUGUUGCAUUAGAUGUUGCACGGGGACUGGAAUAUCUCCAUGAUGGUGCAGUUCCACCAGUAAUACAUCGUGAUAUUAAGUCUUCAAAUAUUUUGUUGGAUGAUUCCAUGAGGGCUAGGGUUGCCGAUUUCGGGCUUUCCAGAGAAGAGAUGGUUGACAAACAUGUAUCCAAUAUCCGUGGAACUUUUGGGUACCUAGAUCCUGAAUAUAUAUCUACUAGAAAAUUCACAAAGAAAAGUGACGUUUACAGCUUUGGAGUAUUGCUUUUUGAGCUUAUAGCUGGCAGAACCCCACAACAAGGCCUUAUGGAGUACGUUGAACUUGCAGCAAUGACUUCAGAUGGAAAAGUUGGGUGGGAAGAAAUUAUGGAUGACCAUUUAGAUGGAAACUUUAAUGUACAAGAGCUGAACGAAGUUGCAGCUCUUGCGUAUAGAUGUAUCAAUCGUAGCCCUCGUAAACGGCCUACCAUGAGAGACAUCGUACAAGUUAUCUCACGAAUUAUCAACUUGAGGCUCGAGCAGAAGCAUCAUAGAAAAUCUCUGUCGGCCACAACAGAUGAAGUUUCCAUUGAUAUCGACCGCUCUGAGCACUUUAGAAAGGAUUCAAUGGACAGUGCUUCUGAUACCCAUGAAAUUUAGACCGUAGCUUUCCCGUUUUGGUUUUUCUCUUGAUUGUUUGUCUUGCGUUCUAUUCUCUUUGAUUUUGUGUAAGUAGUUGAUUCUUCCAUUUUUUUAAAAUCACCCUGAAAUUUUGUACAUUACUCAGAAUAGAGAGCUUUGUAAAGUUUCUUCAGUGUAAUGACUCACAAUUGUGAAAGAGAACUUUCCUUGAGUAGUUUGUGAAUGAAAGUAUCAAAAUAUUUUCUUUUUGUUA